GACCUGCUUCACCGCCUGUGAAGUGACUCCCCUGCAGGUGGGGAGCCGGGGACUCGAACCAGGAUCCUUACGCUGGUCCUUGCUCUUCGCACCACCUACGCUUAACCUGCUGCUCUACCGCCCGACACCCUAUUUGAAGUUAUUCUAGUCAACUUUUUCCUGCAGGUAAUUUCCUUGGGCAGCUGAGAGUAGGGGUUAAGAGGACAGGCUCUGGGAGCUGAAAGGUUGGUUCAGCUGAAAAAUAUUUGCCUUCAUGCUUGAGAGCCUGGAUUUAUCCCCAGUACCACAUGAAAGCACUAUGGAUUAGCACCAACAGUGAAAAAUAGUGAUCUGAAGAUGGUGAAACAGUACUUUGAUCUGUUUCUGUCUCUAAAAGUAUAGAAUACACCCUCCUCACCUACAUCCUGUUUCCCUUCCCUCAAUCACUCCAAAGCUAACCUUGUCAGAGUAAGGACCACAAAAGCUGGAUAGGGGCAAGAGACUGGCACACUUCAAUGAUGGCUCUUUAGUCACUACCAGGACACCUCAUCACCUGGGGCCCUAGUCAGGGAGCCCUGGGAUUCCCACACAGACACAAUGGGCCUAGACCUCUAACAGAUCCCUCUCCCCAUUGUCUUUGGUCAUCUCCAUCACGAACAGCAUAGUGGAUCCUCUUGUGGGCCUCAACAGGACCUUGCCCUCAGUGUGGGUCAACAUGGUAGGGACUGCCCCAUUCUCUGAGGGGAGGCUAGGCCGGCAUGCUCUGCCACUCGAAGAUGGGUCCUGAAGUGAGUGCAGCCUGGAAUGCUCCUAGCUAUGACUACAGAAUGCAAGCUCAGAUCUGCAGCAGAGGUUGCACAGGCUCCUGUGCUGAAUAUGGGCCCCUGAUCAAAUUGAUGGAGGUUUGUAGUUAACAAUAUUUGUAUACUUUUUCCAUGAUUGGGAGCUACUUUCUUCCUUGAUACAGCUUUCUAGUCCUAUUUACAACUCUGACACCAUAUUUCCAGACAGUGCCUUUGGCCCACUUGCAUGUUAGCUGUCAGGCACAAACUAGUAAAGUCAUGGACCCCUUGGAGUAUACCUAAAAUAGACCAACUAGCUUUUUCCAAAACGAAGACUCCAAAUCUCAUUGGCUAUAAUCUUACCUUUAGAUUCCUGAUUAUUAAAGAUUUGUUCUGCUUUAUAUAUCAAUGCUUUUUCAGACACCAAGUUGCAGAUGCUACCAUGACGCCAACCUGACUUCACUGGACAGAUGAACUCACUGAUGUACCUUGGAACCCCACUUCUCCAGACCUCUCCCCAACUAGGGAAAGACAAACAGGCUGGGAGUAUGGAUUGACCUGCCAACGCCCAUGUCUAGCAGAGAAGCAAUUAUAGAAGCCAGACCUCCACCUUCUGCACCCCACAAUGAUCCUGGGUCCAUACUCCCAGAGGGAUAAAGAACAGGAAAGUUUCUUAUGGGGGGCAGGAGGGCUGGGAUGUAGAACUCUGGCAGUGGGAAUUGUGUGGAAUCGUACCCUUCUUAUCCUACAGCCUUGUUGAUCAUUAUUAAAUCAAUUUUAAAAAAGUAUAGAAUACACACAGAUAUAUAUGCACUUGUAGUAUCAGUGCUAGAGUAUGAACCCAAGGCCUUGGGCAUGUGAAAUACCACUGAGCAACCUCCCAGGACUGAUUAUUUCAUUCUUUAUUUUAGGGGGAGAGAGAGAAAAGAGCAAGACAGGAGAGAAAGGAGAUAUAGCACUUAAUCAUCCAUGGUGUCAUGCAUGGUGUUCCCAAACAGUGUCAGGGCCUCAUGUAUGGUAAAGUACACACAUUACCAGCGUGACCAUUCUGCAGGCUCUCCAGGCCAGAAAAGUGCGGGUGCUAGGCCUUUCCCAUGAUUAGUCCCAUGACUAGUUUUAGCUCUUCUUUCUCCUUUAACUCUCAGGUCUCUUAUGCCUCUCCUAACCACAUGGAUCCCCAAACAGACACAGGAACAUGGUGGAAGAGAUGAAUGAGUGGAGGGAGACACCCACAAAUGUUCCUCUACACUUUCUGCUCUUGUUCAUUGAACUUGGUUCCAGGCACACAGCUUGCACACAAUGACUGUCCGAUGGUUAAAAUAAUAUCCUGUGGCUGUUCUAACAGGAUCAGAAUCUAGACUGCUGUUUCUUUGUUCACCAGUGUCAUCUCCCACAUUGCAAGUGUUCGCCACACCUCUGCUCUCAGCAGUCUUGUCACUUACAAGCAAACAUUUCCAUACCUUUGGUUAUUUUGCUUAAACUAUGGACAAAUUUUAUCGUAGAAUCUCUAGACCAGCAGUGGUUUUCCUCACCCCAGCUUCCUGCCUGCACAGGAAGUAGCCCUGGGUCUCUUUAGGGUCACACCCUCCCACAUAGGAUUGUCCUGGACCCACAGGGCUUCCCACCUUGAGGGGCUCUUCUGGCAGUGGAAAGCCUUAUUUUUGAGGAAUCAAGGCGACAGUGACAUGUUUCUCCCAACACUCCAUACUCCAAAUUCAAAGAGAAAGAUAGGCAGUAGCCUUCCCCCUCACGUACACACAGCCCUGCCCAUGCCUCCCAUGGUUCCUCCCUCCUCUCUGUAUGCCCAACAUACCUACUUGGCCCACAGCAUUUCUGCUGGCUCAAAUCCAUGGCAACCUGCUCAGCAACCAGAGUCCGUUGGGGUGAGGCCCUGAGCUCCAAACUGUCAGGAGGUGAUAAGGCUGCAGUGAAGGCUGGGAGCUCACAGCUGUGGGUGGCUUAUCAGAAGGCCAUGAAAUCUGCCUCAGGGCCUCGGAUGCCUUUCCCCAAAUACUGCAGUGUGGCUACAGUCCUGACGCCCCCUGUCUGGACCGGGACGGGGGCCCUCUCCUUCACCUGCCCACUUGGCCCCACCAGUCACAAUCCCUUCACCAGGUACACACAUUAUCACCCACGUCUCCACAUGGCUAACUCAACUUGGCAUGGUCCUGGUUGGCCAGGAAGAGAUGGAGAUGCUGCUGACACAUGGGUCCUGUCUAGAAGGGGACCAGAUGGCCUUUAUUACAGGGCUCAGAUAAAGACAGCUCCAGAGCUGGAGAGACAAGGGGCUCUGCUUGUGGAAUUUGAAGCUCCCCUUGUUACUGGCCCAAAUCUACCAAACCGGUGGCAGAGUAUAGUCUUAAAAGAAGAUGUUAUCCAGUUUUCAUCACCCGUGAAACACCCACUGCAGCCUGGGGACAAGGUACUGGCACCCUGGGAGCCAGACCAACAGCGGUACGGCCCUGGCACUGUUCUUUUGGGCAUGGAGGAAAGACACCCUCAGAGAGCACCUAGAGAAGAAAUUACUGUUCAUUUCUGGAAUGGCAAGACGGCUAUAGUGCCUGUAGGUGGGGUCAGGUGGGUGCCACCAGAUGUCUGGAAGGAGGCAGUAGAACGACUGCACAGGCCUUGCACCAGGGGGCACCCUGGCCCCCUCCUUGGGGACCCUUUCUGUUCUCUGCUGGAACCAAGUGCUGGGUGUGUCCCCAGUGGGUUUCCUAUGGGCGCCCCUUUGCUGUUCUCUCCCUGCCACACCUGCUGCCAGUCACUGUGCCAGGGAUGUGUCUGCAGCUGCCCCUUGGUUAGACCCACAUGGUGGCCUCUAACCAGGGCCUCUGGGGUCAUAGAGAGAGAACAUCCAGAGGAGGAACUGAAAAGCACCACACAGCUGCCCCUAGAAGGCCUUACAGAAAAUAAAGCAACGGUACAAGUUCCCAUUGCUGUUUCCUCCUCCUCCUCCUCUUCUGAAGAAGAGGAUUUGAAGAAUGAGCUAGAGACGAGUGUCCCCCAGAAGCUGAUGGUGGACAGCACAGUCAACACAGACCCCAUCCUUCUUGAGAAAUCUCCAAGGCAGAGUGGACUCUGCCAGCCCAAGUGGAAGCACUGGAGGAGAAAUGGGCCUGAGCUGAAUCCCUGGAAGCCAGGAACAAGAAGAUGCAAAAUCCAGAAAGAAAAGAUAAGAGACAAACAGCAAAGAGUACAAGCUUCAGUAUUGGAGAAUACUGAUGAGCUGGUCUUGAAAGCAGCCAACAUGAAGUUACUUGAGAUUCUUCCAGAGAAAGCUAUACCCAGAAAACUGAAAGCACUGCCACACGCCAGAGGCAGCAGAAUUCCCGAGAACCUGGGUAAAGCAGAUGUCUGGUAAGGGCGCUCAACACUUUACAUCAUUCUUAGACCUUUGAUGGCCACUCCUCCUUUGAGACCAAUACGACCCAUGACGCAUCUUCUCUUUGUUGCAGAUAAUUUCAGAAGAUUUGCAGAAACCACAAAGUUCAUCUUAGGCUGUGUUUAUAUAUUAAAUUUAACAGGACCCUAGUUUAAAUGCUAACCCUUUCACCUAUGGUGAACAAGGCAGGCCUUCUGUGGAAAUCUGGUCCUCACCAGAAAUGCUAAUAUAGCUCUGCUUAAUACUUCAUUUUGGUUGAGGGCCAGGCAGUGGUGCAGUGGGUUAAAUGCACAUAGUAUGAAAUACAAGAACCAGCAUAAGAAUCCUGGUUUGAGCCCCUGGCUCCACACCUGUGUGUGUGUGUGUGGGGGGGGGGGGUCACUUCACAAGUGGUGAAGCAAGUCUGCAGGUGUCUAUCUCCCUCCCUCUCUAAAUUUCUCUCUGUCUUAUCCAACAACAAAACAAAA